AUGGACAAAACUCAUCAUUGCCGUCAUCCCGUUAUCUUACUCUCUCUGCAUCGCAGUAAGAAAGAAGCCAUGAGAUGUGUCUUUAUCUCCUUUCCUGAUGAUCUUCAUCAGUCGUUAUUUUUAGAUUUUUUCUCUCUUUCAGAUUGCAAUGAGUUCACUCAGAAGACCUCACGCAUUGUUUCUCCCUCCCCUUCUCUCUCCCCAUUUCUCUCCCUCUCCUCCCCCUCUCUCUCUCUCUCUCUCUCUCUCUCUAUGUUCCACACAGACAAGAGAAAUGCAUCUCAGAAAUUCAUCGUCAGAAUUUCACGCUUUGCUUGUUUUUCUUCUUCUUUUCUUUCUUUUUUCUUACAGUCGGAUUUCCUCUCCCCCUUCCGCAAGAAUUUACGCAUUCAUUUAGACGUCUUCAUUGAAAUCACAACACGUCUUUCGGUCACACAAACACACAAUUUGUUUUCAUGA